AUGAAUAUCAUGACUUCAUCCAUCAUCCUGACAAUUGUCAUUGCAUCCUCUGCCAACGCGAGCAUAAGAGUUACAAAUUCUGGUGUCAGGAGCAUCGAUAGAUUGGAUGUCGGAAUGAUCUUCUUUGUCGAAUUAGUGAACGAGGGGAAGCAGGAAGUUGCGGUUGCCAGUCGCAUGAUAGGCUGUUGCGAGAUUGUAACUAUUGAUGAUAUUGAGUGCGAGCAUAUUCAGCUGAUUGGUGACGUGGUGGCAGUUGAGGCUCAAGGGAUCAGAAAUGUGACCCUCAUCUGGCCAACUUUAUAUCUCCACGAGCGACGAGGUGAGUGUGCAGUUAGUCUCUCGUUUGGGAAUGAUGGUGACGAGGUUGAGGAAGUUAGGAGAAAAAUUCAUUUCAAUACCAUGGUGACGGGAAAAAAUCCCAGUGUUCUUGCAGAAUAUUAUGAUGCUGUUGAUGUAAGAGAAUGUCAAAGUCCCGAUCAAGAUCCGUUGGACGCGUGUCAUCCAGUGAACUGUCAAGUGAAGUACAAUGGAAAACGGAGUUACUUCAAUCGUGAACUACAGAUGUGUCAAUCCGUGCCAAUAUGCAUCGCCGAUGCCAACAAGGAACUCCCCGAUUUGGUGUAUGACGCCGUCAACAAUUCUUGUCGUAAUAUGGAAACUUCAGUGACUCAAACUGAAAUCCAAUCGUUGAGUGGAGGGAGAAUAGAAGUCUCUUGGCGAUCGGAGCCAGCACCUAAAAUUAGAAAUGCACUUUGUCAUCAUGGUUAUAAUGACAGACACACUGGACUGUGCAUCUGCGAUGAAGGAUGGACGUCGCAACCUCUCGGCAACCUAGAGCCAAUCAAUGAGUACAUACACAUGUGCAAUGUGGUUGUACUGCCUUUUCCUGGAUUCGGAAACAGUCCCAUCCACAUCCUCGGUAUUGUCAUCGCAGCAGUUUUAAUCGUGUUAAUCGUGGCGUUCUAUUGCAUAACAACACUUUUGAUGGGAGCAUUACCUGAAAAACUAACGAUAGAGCGAUCACAGCAAACUGUCGGUCUGUCUUGCUUCGAUGGCUCGUCAAAGAGUUUGACGUCCUGCUGCUCCACAAGACCAGCACCAAGGAAACGAGGCAGUAAUGCCUCAAACAUAAAAUACUCUAAACUUUCAAAUCGUUCCCUGCAUUCCAUGAAACCAUAAACCGAAUGAGAAUUAUCUUGUUGAUCGGAUGGAUACCCAGACUGGUAAAAAGGUGUAAAAAAAUUGAUUGCCGAAACCCGGGAUCGAACCGGGGACAUUUAGAUCUUCAGUCUAACGCUCUCCCAGCUGAGCUAU